AUGGAGAAGCGGGGCCUCGGGGAGAUGGACACGGUCCCGCCACCGCAGCCUCCUUGCUCCCACGUGAAGCUGUUGAAAACCAACCGUGAGCUGCUGGUCACGCACAUCCGCAACACUCAGUGCCUGGUGGACAACCUGCUGGAGAAUGACUACUUCUCGGCUGAAGACGCCGAGAUCGUGGGUGCCUGCCCCACGCAGCCCGACAAGGUCCGCAAGAUCCUGGACCUGGUGCAGAGCAAGGGCGAGGAGGUGUCCGAGUUCCUCCUCCACGUGCUCCAGCGGCUCGCCGAUGCCUUCGUGGACCUCGGGCCCUGGCUGCUGGAGGUCGGCUUCUCCCCUUCCCCGCUCAUCCAGAGCAAGACCGUGGUCAACACUGACCCAGUGAGCUUGUACAUCCAGAAGCUGCGACACCAGCUGGGCCGCGACUCCAAGUUCAUCCUGUGCUACUCGCAGAAGGAGGAGGUGCUGCUGGAGGAGGUGUACACGGACACCAUCAUGGAGCUGGUCGGCUUCAGCAACGAGAGCCUGGGCAGCCUGGACAGCCCGGCCCGCCUCCUGGACCCCGCCGCGGGCGUCCUCAACGAGCAGGGCGAGACCAUCUUCGUCUCGGGCGACGCGGGCGUGGGCAAGUCCAUGCUGCUGCAGCGGCUGCAGGGCCUGUGGGCCGCCGGCCGGCUGGACCCGCGGCUCAAGUUCUCCUUCCACUUCCGCUGCCGCACCUUCAGCUGCUUCGGGCCGGGCGCGGCGCUGAGCCUGCAGGACCUGCUCUUCAAGCACUGCUGCUACCCCGAGCGGGACCCCGAGGAGGUGUUCGCCUUCCUGCUGCGCUUCCCCCAGGCCGCCCUCUUCACCUUCGACGGCCUGGACGAGCUGCACUCGGACUUCGACCUGAGCCGCGCGCCCGACGCCUCGUCGUCGCCCUGGGAGCCGGCCCACCCGCUGGUGCUGCUGGCCAACCUGCUCAGCGGGGCGCUGCUCCGGGGGGCCACCAAGCUGCUCACGGCCCGCACGGGCGUGGAGAUCCCGCGACAGCUCCUGCGCAAGAAGGUGCAGCUGCGGGGCUUCUCCCGCGGCCACCUGCGGGCCUACGCCGGGAAGAUGUUCCCCGAGCCGGCUGCGCGGGACCGCCUGCUGGACCAGCUGGAGGCCAGCCCCAACCUCUGCAGCCUGUGCGCCGUGCCCCUCUUCUGCUGGAUCAUCUUCCGCUGCUUCCGCCACUUCCACCGCGGCGCCUGCGACGGCGGCGGCGGCGGCGGCGCCCCCACCGAGCUGCCCGACUGCACCGUGACCCUGACCGACGUGUUCCUGCUGGCCACCGAGGCCCACCUCAACCGGACGCAGCCCACCAGCCUGGUGCAGAGGAACACGCGCAGCCAGACGGAGGCCCUGCGCGCCGGCCGCGCCACCCUGGGCGCGCUGGGCCGGCUGGCCCGCGGGGGCAUGGAGCGCGACCUGUUCGUGUUCAGCCCCGAGGAGGUGCAGGCCUGCGCCCUGCCCGAGGCCGACCUGCAGCUGGGCUUCCUGCGGGCCGUGCCCGAGCCGGGCCUGGGGGAGGACGGGCAGUCCUACGAGUUCUUCCACACCACCCUGCAGGCCUUCUUCACCGCCUUGUCCCUCGUGGUGGACGCCAGGGCGGGCACGCGGGCGCUGCUCCGGUUCUUCCAGGAGUGGGCGCCCCCGGAGGAUGCGGUGGUGACGGCGGCGGCCUGCCCGCCCCACCUGUUCCCCUUCCCGUGCCUGGGGGCCCGCCGCCCGGCGGGGCACGACCCCUUCAAGAACAAGGACCACUUCCAGUUCACCAACCUCUUCCUGUGCGGGCUGCUGUCCAAGGCCAAGCAGAAGCUCCUGAGCCACCUGGUGCCCGCCGCCGCCCUGCGGAGGAAGCGCCGGGCGCUGUGGGCGCACCUGUGCGCCAGCCUGCGGGCCCACCUGCGGAGCCUGCCCCGCACGCGCUCCGGCGGCUUCAGCCAGGUGCAGGCCAUGCCCACCUUCAUCUGGAUGCUGCGCUGCAUCUACGAGACGCAGAGCGAGAAGGUGGGGCGGCUGGCGGCCAAGGGCAUCUGCGCCAACUACCUCAAGCUGACCUACUGCAACGCCUGCUCGGCCGACUGCAGCGCCCUGGCCUUCGUGCUGCACCACUUCCGCAAGCGGCUGGCCCUCGACCUGGACAACAACAACCUCAAUGACUACGGCGUGCGGGAGCUGCAGCCCUGCUUCAGCUGCCUCACGGUGGUCAGACUCAGCGUGAACCAGGUCACGGACAGUGGGGUCAAGGUGCUCUAUGAAGAGCUGACCAAGUACAAGAUUCUGACAUAUUUAGGCUUGUACAACAACCAGAUCACGGACGUCGGAGCCGGCUACGUCGCCAGGAUCGUGGAAGAGUGCCCAGGCCUCACGCACCUCAAACUGGGGAAAAACCAGAUAACCAGUGAGGGAGGCAAGUGUGUUGCCCUGGCUGUGAAGAACAGCAAAUCCAUCUUGGAGAUCGGGAUGUGGGGCAAUCAGAUCGGCGAUGAAGGAGCACAGGCCUUCGCAGAGGCUCUGAGGAACCACCCCAGCUUGGUCAACCUCAGUCUGGCUGCCAACGGCAUUUCGACAGGAGGAGGAAAGAGCCUCGCACAGGCCUUGCACUGGAACACGUCGCUGAGAAUAUUCUGGCUCACCCAGAACGCACUCGACGACGAAGUGGCAGACAGCAUGGCAGAGAUGCUGAAAGUCAACCAGACGUUGAAGCAUUUAUGGCUUAUCCAGAACCAGAUCACAGCCAAGGGGGUCGCCCGGCUGGCAGACGCCUUAGAGAAGAACACCGGCAUCAUGGAGAUUUGCCUAAAUGGGAACUUCUUCAAGCCCGAGGAGGUCAGAGGCUUUGAGGAUCUGCACAUUCACCUACAGUCACCCUGA